AUGGAAGAAAAUAAAAGAAUCAAAGGGGUUCAUAACACAGCCCACAGCUGUUGGCGCCUCGCGCAGCUCACAUGCGAGGUUAACUCGGGCAGCUUAAAGCAUUCCUACUUCGCGGACGUGAGGAGAGGGAAAGACGCGGUCUUGGCCGGGUCCCAUCUCGGCCAGCGACGCCGUCCGCACCAACGGCGCACCCGCCUUCUUGUCGACCUAUCAGUACUACCUGAGGUUCUGAGUGUGCUUUGUCAGGGCGGCGUGCUCCGGGUGGAUGUUCCAGCUGUUGGGGAUGCUGCGGCGGACCAUGGGGACUAUUUCGCGGGUGCUGCUGGCGUGUUUGAGGGUAUUCGGCCUCGCUGGUGA